AUGGCAGCUACAGCAGGAGGGAACCUGCUUUUGCUCGACGAGCCGACCAAUGACUUGGACGUGGACACGCUAAGGGCGCUGGAAGACGCCAUCGAUGCCUACCCGGGGUGCGCGGUGAUCGUGAGCCACGACAGGUAUUUCCUGGACAAGGUCGCGACGCACACGCUCGCCUUCGAGGACGACGGGGGCGUGGUGUGGUUCGAAGGCAGCUUCGCCGAGUAUGAGCAAGACCUCCGGAGACGGGCAGGGGGCAACGAGCCCAAGAGACCCAAGUUCAGGCCGCUUCCGGCCGUCUGAGGCGCUCGUUUGUGAUAUCA